AUGCAAAGAGGUUUGGAUGCACAAACUAAAAAACAACUAGAAGAGGAAGAAAAGAAGAUAAUUAGUGAAGAACACUGGUAUCUUGAUUUACCAGAUCUAAAGGAGAAAGAGAGCUUUAUAAUAGAAGAGAGGAGCUUUAUGCCAUGUGAGGAUCUACUUUAUGGCAGAAUGUCCUUCAAAGGAUUCAAUCCAGAAAUUGAGAAGUUAAUGAUCCAAAUGAACUCUAGAUGCAAGCAAGAAGAAAUUGAAAUGGAUGAUAAAAUGGAGGCUGAUGUGUCAGAUGAAGAAAUGGCCAGAAGAUAUGAAACAUUAGUGGGAACAAUAGGGAAGAAAUUCUUGAGAAAAAGAGACCAGCGUGUACUUCAAGCUGAAGAUGAAGAUGGGAGUAGUAACACAAGACCUAGCAAAAAAGCUAAGAAAAAGUUCUUAAAACCUCAAGAUUAAUGUCAACUGCACAACUGGAGCUAAUAGAAAUUUUAUCUACCAAAUAUAGUACCAUGAACUGGAGAUUGCUUGGAGUUUUUGCUGUUUAAUGUAAAGGAUAGAUUUGUAAAUCUGAGUCUGUUCUCACUGGAAUUUCUACCAUCCACAUGACAAACAUUUUUCAAAGUGGAUGUGUGUAUAAUGGAUGUUAUACAUCCUUUACUCUCUCAACAGUUUUAAUGUGUGGGGCACUAAUCCCACCA